AUGGCAGAUACAGGAGCGAAACCCGCAGCGUUAGCCGUGGCAGAAGUGGUGGUUGAGAAACUUACCAAAAAUGUCAAUGAGGAUCACCUUCGAGAAAUCUUUAGCACUUAUGGUCAGAUUCGAGAUCUAGAUAUUCCCAUGAAUAGGCAAUUCAACACAAACCGUGGCACAGCUUAUAUCCUCUAUACCUCCGAAGCCGAUGCCGAAGCAGCAAUUGCCCACAUGCACGAAGCGCAGAUCGACGGAGCAGUCAUCAACGUAUCGAUCGUCCUCCCUCGUCGGAAAUUCUCCCCAUCACCACCUCUCGCAAGAAGGGGCGCAAACAUUGAUCCACGUGGACCUCCCAUCCCAUCGAACUUUCGGGGGCCACCACCACCUCGUCGCCACCAAGAUCCUUAUCACGCUCGCGGUCUCCUAGGCGUCAUAGAACUCGUUCCAGGUCAUACUCUUCUCGAUCUCGCUCUCCACCAAGACGACGGGGCGGUCGACGGGAUAGCCCGGGACGAAAUGCUGGCAGAAGAAGAAGGAGCCCGAGCUAUAGUAGCUAUAGCAGCUAUGAUGAUAGGAGCCGAAGCAGAAGUCGGGCCCAUGGAGGAAGGGGGCGGCAUUAAGUUGUGA